GUGUUUUGCAGCCUAAUUAAAAGGAGCUUGUAUUUAAUUUAAUUUGCAUUUCUUUUCUUUGGCUGUGUUGUUUGUUUGCCAUUGAGUACAGAAGAUUUAAUGGAGGCGGCACAGGGUGGCGGUGGCGGUAGCGAUGGCGGUGGUGGUGGUGGUGGUGCGGAAGUGAGAAGACUUCAUAUAGUAUACUUUCUUAGUCGAAAAGGCCGAAUCGAACACCCUCAUCUCGUCCGCGUCCAUCAUCUCUCUAGAAACGGUGUUCGAUUACGAGAUAUCAAGAGAUGGUUGGGAGAAUUAAGAGGAAAAGACAUGCCAGAAUCAUUUUCUUGGUCAUACAAGAGGAGAUAUAAAACAGGGUAUGUAUGGCAAGAUUUAAUGGAUGAUGAUUUAGUUACUCCAAUCUCAGACAAUGAAUAUGUGCUCAAAGGAUCUGAGAUUUCCUCCAUUAUUAUUAAUAAUAUUAAAGAAAAUCAAAAGGCAUCAUCCAAAGAAGAAGAGAAUAACCACAGCCAUUCAUCGGAAACCUCAAUUUACGUCUCGACAAAAUCAUGCGAAAUCGAAGAAGAGUCUCCGACUUCUUUCGGCUCGGAAACAUCCACUUUGACGGACGAUUCCGGGAAAAUCGAGAAGGACAAACACGAAGAUCCAUCUCUCGAAGAGAAAACGCAGCGGUCCUCGAAUUUUUACUCGGCACUUUUGAGCAAGAAGAAGAAGGAGAAGAAGGAAAGAAGUAGUAGUACUAAGAAAGUUACUAUUAAUGAAAAAGUUACAAGUAUAGCAGAAGAUCGAGAAGGUGCGGUUACAGAUUCAUCGAAGGAGCCUCGUUUGUCGAAGAGCAAGAGCAAGGGCUCUUCGAAUGGAGGUUCGAGUAUAUUCCGGAACUUGAUUACAUGUGGAGCUGUGGAAACGAAUGAUUCGGCAGUUGUGGCAGUUAAUAAUAAUAAGCAGAGUAAUAAUAAGAAGGCAUUAUUGAAUAUGUGCUCAAAUGAUCUUGAAAAUGUAUAUUCGGCAGAGGUGUGCAAAAGUGAUAGAAUGGGUGGCUCUCAGAGGGUGUUCGGAACUCCGAAUUGGACUCAACAAAAAUGGGGUGCCAGGAAGAGCUGUGAUGGGGUAAAGGGAUCAGGGAAGAACAAGAGUGAAUCGAAGGAGAAAACAGCAACUUGUGCUGCUAAUUACAAGCAACUUAACUGGCCAAAUUGCUCGCAAUGCGGAAAGCCGUUCAAUCCGGAGAAACUACACUCGCAUAUGAGAUCGUGCGAGUUCAUGAAAGCUUUGUCUAAGGCUAAUGCUGCUGGGAAAGAGAUCAAGAUCACUAUAACUAAGGACUAAAGUUUACUAACUGAAUUAUCAUUGUCAGGAAUUCUUUUUUUCUUUUUUU